UCUGAGAGGAGUCCAGCUGCAGUUCGCCUAACUCUUCCCAGAGUCACCCGCGCCAGCAGGACCGUGGCUCUUCUCAGAUUAUAGUGGGACCAUGGAUCUGUUUGGAGAUAUAGGCGACGUUUCUUCAGAGAGCGAUGACGACCAUCAAAUAUCUAUUCCAAGACAAACUGUUGGUGAACAUGGAGUACAUCAGGAUCAGCAUGCAGAAGAGCCCAUUUCUGAAACCAGAAUAAAAAUAGAAAUUCCCAGUAUCAACUCUGACUUAGGAAAUGAAUUGUAUUUCGUUAAACUGCCCAGGUUUCUCAGAAUAGAACCCAAACCUUUUGAGCCUCAGCUUUAUGAAGAUGAAUUUGGAGAUGAGAAAGUGCUUUAUGAGGAAGAGAGAACCAGGUUAAAAUUAAAGGUAUUACCCCAUGCUGUGUUCCUGUUUUCUUUUAGUGCCCCUCUCUCCUCAGCCUUCCCAGUCCUGUGA